GCCCAGGUCCCCGCUGGAGCGCCCACGUGGACUUUGAAAACUCCCCACUCCUCCACUAAGCCCAGUUGAGGACUGAGGAGUUGGGGGGCUUAUGAUGGGCCGAUAACCAGUGGGCGGCUCGGAUGAAUCAUUUACACAACCCUGGGUCAAGCACCUGUAAAAUACUCAAGCUUGGGCCGGCCCGUGGAAUUAGGCCCAAUCAAUCUCAUGCCAAACACAGCUGGCAGAGUCACCCCGGAGAAGGAGACGGAGCAGAUUGGCCGUUACGAAGCCGGGAAAAGGGGAUCGCGUCAUCGAUGGAGUGGACUUCCUGUGAUUAACUUCCACCACUUCACCACCACUCCACCCCUACUUGCUCUGCCAUUCGUCGCAUCAGUUCUCCUUCUGCAAACCAUCGUUCUUCGUGCCCGAAUUCUCCCUCUUUUGCCCCCUUCGUCUUCGUUCCUCGAAAGACAGAUUUCCCAGAACAUUGCCAUAUCUGUCCUGGCAUUCCCUUCCACAAUCUCCUCAUUCCUCCUCAGCAAAGCCUCUGUCAUUCACCAUCUCUUGGUUCAAGAAAACCCAGAGAGCCGCUCGUUUGCACGGGUUCUCAGAAUCUACACCCACUUGGUUCAUACCCACAUCUGCAAUUCCAUUCUUACCCUCUCUGCAAAAGCCAUUUCUUUCUACUUGGUGCAUUGGGCCCACGGAUUCUUCGCUGCUGCCGUUUCCUGCCUGAUUCUUGGCUACACAUUCAUAAUCUCCAACACGGCUUUGAUUGUCUCAGGAGUUGAGGGAAGCGCGGGCUUCACCCAAACUCUCAAGGCAUGCGCUUUGAUCAAGGGAAACGAGGGAGCUGCGCUCUGGUUAACCGUCUGGACCAACUCUGCAUUGGCUGCAGUUGAAUUUCUGUUCCAGUGCAGAGUUGUCCAGGCGAAUCGCGACCAAGAAGGGACUGCAGGGAUUUUAUCAGCAGCUUUGGAAGGGAUCUUCAUUGCCUAUUUGUAUGCUGUUCUUCUGGUCGUGGACACGAUCCAAGCUUUCUACCAGUUUGUUCCGGCGUCCGUUCGGUAUUACUUCUACAAGCUCUUCAUGCGGUGGUUCGGAGAGAUUUCGAAACCCCAGCCAGACAUCUUCAGCCUUAUCAUCCCCGAGAAGAACGAUAUGAACAGGAAUGAGGUCUUUGCUGCUUGCCAAAUUUACUUGUGUAGUAAGAUGAAUGACUCUGCGGAUUGUCUCGAGGUUAGCAAAGCAACAAAUGAGGAUACCAUGAGCUACAAGUUGGUAACAGGGGUGACUUUCUUCGACACCUUCGAGGGAGUAGGUCUUAAUUGGACUCUCAAUAGCACUUCUUCUAAUGAAGAUGAUGGUGGUGAUUCAAGUGAUCACAAUAAGGUGCAGAAGCGCCCAAGCCACUCCCCUGUCAUCGGGAAUAUGUAUUUUUCCUUGAGCUUCGACAAGAAGCACAAGAAAAAGAUUUGUGAUUCUUAUUUGCCCUUUGUCAUUUCAACGUCACAAGACAUAACUCGUGAAGGGAGAGUGUUAAGGAUUUAUGACUGUGCAAGUGUAUAUGGAUAUGGAAGCAGGCACUCGAGCGUUAAAAUGACACAUCCGUUCACAUUUGAGAAGCUGGCCAUUGACCCUGAGAUGAAGAAAAUGAUUAUGGAUGACUUGGACCGAUUUGUAAAGAGGAGGGAUUUUUAUAAGAGGGUCGGGAAACCUUGGAAACGAGGGUACUUGCUCUAUGGCCCUCCUGGAACUGGUAAGUCUAGCUUGAUAGCUGCCAUGGCCAAUCAUCUCAGAUUUGACAUCUAUGAUGUGCAGCUUGGAAGUAUGCUUGGUCGCUACUAUGCUUUGAGAGACUUGUAAUUGUGGCUACCGAGUCGAUCCAUAGUCAUCAUUGAGGAUAUUGAUCGUACCCAAGGCCUCCCAAAAAAUCGAACCAAGGCUCCACCAGAGGACAGCGAUAGUGACUCUAGUCAUGACUUUGAGGAUGAAAAGAACAAGGACCAGAAUGAUCUAGCUUCGCUGCUGAACUUUGUUGAUGGGCUAUGGUCGUGCUGUGGUGACGAGAGGAUCAUCGUGCUAACUACCAAUCACAAGGAGAAGCUGGACCCUGCUUUGUUGCGCCCGGGGCGCAUGGACAUGCACAUUCACAUGUCGUACCUUACCAUGCCCGGCUUUAAGGUUUUGGCUCAUAACUAUCUCCAAAUCUCACAUGACCACGCCCUGUUCCCCGAGGUAGAGAGGCUAUUGAAGAUGGUGAAUGCGACGCCAGCAGAAGUUGCGGAAGAGCUAAUGCGGAGUGAGGAUGCCGACAUUGCCCUCCAAGGAGUCAUUGAGAUGCUUAAUGGGAAAGUGCCCAAGGCCGAGGUGGCUGCACCUAUUGA